AUGUGGUAUGACUGGCCGAAAGGCCGCAAUUUCUAUCCGAGACAGCAGCAGCUCGGGCAUUACAUUUACGAGGUGGAGUGGAACAAUAGGACCACCUUGUACUACACACUGGCCAUCAAUGGAACAUGCGAUGCCAUUGAUUUUGGGAUCGGGAUUCCCUGGCCUGAUUUUCUCGAUGGAGCUAAUUAUGUGGGGACUCAACUCAAGGAUGGUUUUCUUAGUAAUGUGUGGGAGAAAGUGGAUUUUAUCUGGCACUGUGAAGAUGUUGCUACUAGGAGGCCAGUUCGCUGGGAUUUCUCUGCUGGUUGA